AGUCAUUCACACAGUCACACACGCAUGAGGUACACACACAGACACACACAUAGCCACACACAUAAACACAGGGGGAGAGAGGAGACAGCGGCAGGAGAUCAGCUGUGAAGCACGAAAAUAAAAAGAGUGAAAGAAAAACAAGAGACGGAAAGAGAAAAGAUGACAAUUGGCAAGAACUCCAGGAACAGCUCGGUGCGGAGCUCCAUCCGGGCGCCAAAGUUCCUGGACAAAUCCAGUGGCUUCUACGGUCGCCUUGACGAGCCUGAGGCCGCUGGAGAAGGAGGCGAGGGGAGGAGAGAGGAAGUAGAGGAGAUGUGUGGCAAGACGGGGGACAGCAGCCCAAGUGUGGUGCACAUUUCAGGGGCAGGUGAGAGGGAGGAAGUCGAGGCGUUUGACCUCGAUGAAGGGAUGGUGGAGGACGACGGGGAGACUCUCCUCCAGAGGAAGCCCAGCCGCCACAGCAGCAGGUGGAGAAGGAGCUCCAGGAGGAAGCUGGGGGUGGGGAGAGGCGAGGAGGACGCGGCCCGGGAUGAUAGGCGCAGCCUGGGCACGGGGAGUCCAGUUGGCCCACACGCCCCGGAGGACAGCAGGGUGAUGAUCGAAGUGGAGACAGAGGAAGGGAAGGAGACGGAGGAAGGGAAGGAGCCAGCGCUCGUUCACUUUCCGAUUCGGGGGGAUGCGGACGACCAGGUCCUGAUCAGAGACAAGAAGAGGAGGAUAGAGGAAGAAGGAGAGGAUGAGAGGAGGAUGAAGAGGGAGCAAGAGGAGGGAAGGAAUGUGGUGAAGAGGAACACCGUGAAGAAUUACCGCAAGGCCUUGGACCGAGCCUUUCGCCGCGGCUGGGAGGUCUUCAUCACCAACCUCUACAGCGUCACGCUCACACCCGUGACAUCAUCCUCACCGCCGUCUUCUUCGCCGUCGCUGAAGAAGAAACAGCAGCACAAAAAGUCCUAAUUGCUCAUAAGGUUUACUGCUUCACAGACUGCAGGGGUCCAGUGUUACGGUUUUACAGUGAAGUCUAUGGGCUUGAAUGGAAAAGCCCUUUAUGUGACUGAGUUCAGCUGCUUCUGGUUUCCCUCUACUGUGUUGCCACUUUCAGAUUAGGUCUUAACACCUUAGCUCCUUAAAUGUGGUCCCUUAUCAAGAGCUUAGAGUACAAAUAAUAUUUGCAUCCUUUUGUUUGGCACUGUGAAACUGCAAAAGUGUUGAUGUGCAACCAGAAGGAAUGGAAAUGUUCAGCCGCAUGAGCAUUGACUGACGAGUGGACUUUAGUUUUCGGGGACAUUUCGGUAUGUUAAUCAGUGCUUAUUUAUUGCUGCCUGAGAGAUAAUCAGCAAUGAGAAGAGGACAAAUGCACACAGCUAAUCAGUAUUUAGACAAAGUGAUCGUGAAUAAAGCAGUUUUUUUUUUUUAUUGUUAAUAUUUUUGAAGAAAUUUUCGUUUUUCCCAACGUUAAGAGAUUUAAACGGGGUGUUUGCCGUCUGUGUGUGUGCACAUAAAUACACAAGUGUACAGCUUGUCAGUGUUUGACUUCCUCACUGUGUGUUCUGGUGAAGGUUAUUUAACCUGAAGGGAUGAGUGUGUGCAUGUGUGUGCAAAUGAGAUGAGAUCUUUUUUUUAAUAUAGUCUGGUUCAAAAUCAGCCUGUGUUUUGCUUGUUACCGCUGCAGCUGCACAUCAUGUUUAUUAUAGAAGUUUCAGUGGCCUGAAACAUCACUAAUUGGCACUUUAAAAUUAAAAAUAGAGUUAACUUUACUCCUUGCAUUCAAAUAUGCAACUGGUGGCAAGAAGACAUCAUAUAAGUGAUUCAGGUGAUUUUUGUAAUACCUUAUAAUUUACCCUUGUUACAAUGAAAAUAUAAUGUUUACAAUAGUCUUGCUGUAAUUUACUGUUAUCCACUUUAUAUCUCUUGCAAACUAGACUGAAUAGGUAGGAACACUUGUUCUGGUUGUAUGUAAUUAUUGUCUAAAAAUGUGUUGAAUUUGAUUUUAAAAUCCUUUUGUAUCGUAAUAAAAGAAUCUGAAGCCAUGAGACAUAAAAAAAGAAGCACUUUUCUGAAUAAAUAAAAGACUUAAUUUAUUGU